GCUGCUACACGACUGCGCACUCUGGAGAUGCCUGAACGCACAGAUUUUUCCUAACGUUACAUCCACGCAGGCGCCGUGAAUUUCGCUCAUAACUACUAGCCAGAAGACGUGGCGGUAAUAGUUGCAAAGCACAAGCACGUUUGUUGCGAAGACCAGGUCAAUCGGAAAAAUGAUUUCGCUGACGGAUUCUCAGAAAAUCGGAAUGGGUCUAACAGGAUUCGGCGUGUUUUUCCUCUUCUUUGGAAUGAUCCUGUUCUUCGAUAAAGCCCUCCUUGCCAUAGGAAAUAUAUUAUUUGUUACAGGUUUAUCAUUUGUCAUCGGCCUGGAGCGCACCUUCAGAUUCUUCUUCCAAAGGCAUAAAGCAAAAGCCACCAGUUUCUUCCUAGGGGGUGUGUUUGUUGUAUUGAUCGGUUGGCCUAUUGUUGGUGUGGUCUUCGAGACCUAUGGCUUCUUUCUGUUAUUCAGAGGGUUCUUUCCAGUUGCUGUUGGUUUCAUUAGGAGGAUACCCGUUCUGGGGUCUCUUCUCAACCUCCCAGGUAUCAGUGGGUUGGUUGAUAAAGUUGGCGAGAGUAACACCAUGGUAUAACGGUAACUGGUGGUCACAAUGGACAUUUGCUUGAUCAUUCCCUAACAAUAUUUAUACUUCAACAUUUUACAUUUUAAAUGUUACUUUACUGCCCACUGCCAACACUCCUUAAGGUGAAUUUGGACAGUCAAUUCAGACCUCUUUCCACCUGAAGGAAAACAUUUUUUCCUCCAUAAACUUUCAUCUGGCUACUGAAGUUACUGAAGCUUCCUUUUGACACAAGAGGUAAUUUAUCGCAUGAAGUGCAUUGCCAUGACAGAAAAGACCAUAAAGAUUUGGGGACUUUUCCAACCCAAUCCAGAGACAGGCUGUGCUUCAUGGUGUAACGUGUCUCCAUCUGGUGGCUAAGCAGGACUAAACCAUGAGCACUCUGACUCAGCACUGUUGGAUCUAGCAUCCCCAUUGUGUGUGUUCAAAUGUUGAUGUGAAAUGACCAAACUUUGGAGAACGUUCUUCAGAGAAUCACGUGUGUGAAAAGCAGGUCGUUCUGUACAGUGCUGUGCUGAUCUGAUGGGAGGAGUGUUGUGCGUGUAAUAAAAGGUUACUGAUUUUUUGUAAGGUUGCUUUAAGUGUUGAUGGCUCUUUAUCUGCCAAUGCAUCUGGGAAUGAGACUAUAUGCCAACAUUUUGGUAGUCACCAAGUUCAGUGAAGUUAUAUAGAGCAAAACCAGAAUUUUGAACUACAUAAUCCAUUAUUUAUGAACUUUCAGAAUUUUUUCAUGUGCUCAUGAAUUCUGUAACAUGCCUACAUAUGACCAAUAAUAGGGCUCACUACGCCUACUUAUAGGUUAUGCACAAACGGGUUGUGCAGCGAAGCAAAUGUCACUGGGGUAUAGACCAUGACGGGUAACAUGAUACUGUUCAUAAUAUCAUGGUUGUGAUCACAAGCUUACAGGCAUGAACCCAGGGGGACAUUGCAUUGCUAUGACCACAGCAGUAUACCAGGGCUUUUUCUUGCCCUGUGUUUUCUACUGUGGAAGUGAACUUUUCCUAACUCCUCAGGCACUUAGACAGACAACAUUACUGAUCAUUUUGGUAUCGUCAUGUUACAUUCUCUUUUACCAAUGCAACGAUACAUAUGACAUGUAUACGUGCAACUGGGAAUAUUUUCUUUACCAUCUUUAUUCGAAUCUGACAGUGUUAUGAAUGAAGAAUGAUAUUUGUGUGAAACUGACUGUCUUUUGAUAUUUGUAUGUCAUGUAUGUUUAAUGGAAACUGCUUGUGAUUGAAAUGCUUAACACUGACAGGAACCACUCAUUUUAUAUUGUGUUGUCGGGCAGUUGUCCCAUAGAGCUUGAUGAGAUGGAGAUGUUUACCUGGGGAUAUACAGUAGGCCUCAUUUGAGUGAGGAACGAGUUCACAACAUCUCUGAUUUUUAAUUACAAACGUGCAAUCUGUACUUUUUACAAGUCUGAAAAUUAAAAAUGUAUGGAGUGGA